AGUUCAACUAGCCAACCAACUGAGCUUCUAAGAUUUUCGAGAAUGAUCGCCUUACGACAAGGUCAACGUUCAACCAACUAACCAAUUGAGCUACUAAGAUUUUCGAGAAUGAUCCCCUUACAACAGUUCAGCAUUCAAUUAGUCCGCUAACUGGAGAUUUCCGAACAAACCAAUACUUAAUAAUCUCUAAUGGUAGCUAUUGCACAAACCAUUUUUGCUUCAAUGGCUACCAACACUCAUCACCUCACAGAACUAACAGUAGCUGUAAUUCCAUGGCCAGAACAUGGCCAUCUCAACCAACUCUUCCAUCUAGCCAACUUCAUCUCUUCCCACAACGUCCCUAUACACUUCAUUUCCCUCACGAACAAAAAUCAAGAACUCAAAAACCGCGUAAAAAACACCUCAAAAAUCCAUUUCGACAACCUUUUAGCACCCCCUUUGGCUCAAAAAACAGAACCCAGAGAGGAUUUUGCUGAUGAGUACGAAUUUCUCGAGUUUUUGGAUAAGUUGGGUGAACCCAUAUGCGAAAUUUGUGUUGAUAUUUCGAUGAGGACGAAGAAAUUGGUGGUGAUUCUUGAUUCUUUGAUGACGGAUGUUGUUAAGGAAGUGUAUUCGAUAUCGAAUGUUGAGUGUUUCUCAUUUCAUGCCAUUUCGAGUUUCUGUAUGUAUACAACGUUUAAGCAGAUUGUUGGUGUUGAUGAUGGAGUUGCACACCAAGUGUUCGAUGAAUUUCCUGAACUAAGGAAUCGAAAUGAAGUUGAUGAGAGUGUUGCACGCCAAAUGUUCGAUGAAAUGCCUGAACCGGGGGAUUGUUUUGGACCGGAUAUUUUCGACUUUGUGAAGAAGGAAAGUGAAUGUAAUCGUAAUAUUGGGGAGUUAGUGAAUUCUUGUAGGGAAUUGGAAGGGAAGUAUUUGGAUUUACUUGUUAAUGUUAGGAAGAAGCCGUUGUUUGCUCUUGGUCCAUUUCAUAUGUUGGGAGAAUUACUCGAGUCAUCGGGGAAUAGGUGUCGUCGCCAUGAGUGUCUUGAGUUUCUCGACGAGCAAGAGGUUAAUUCAGUAAUGUUCGUUUCAUUUGGAACGACUACUACAUUGUCGCGAGAGCAAGUGAAUGAGCUCGUGCUCGGUUUGGAAAUGAGCAACCAUAAGUUCAUUUGGGUGCUAAGAGAAGCGGAUAAAAGGAUGGAGACCGAGGAAUGUGAAGGGAAAGAUGGGAACUUUGAAUUGCCGGAAGGGUUUGAAGAAAGAGUCGAAGGAAGAGGAAUGGUGGUGAGGAAUUGGGUGCCGCAAUUGGAAAUCUUGGGACAUAAAGCUACGGGCGGGUUCUUAAGUCACUGUGGAUGGAAUUCUUGUAUGGAGAGCGUUAGCGUGGGAGUUCCUCUAGCAACUUGGCCAAUUCAUGUGGACCAGCCGUAUAACGCCGUUUUUGUAACCAACGUGCUGAAGAUUGGAAUCCCGGUUAGAAGUUGGGCUCAUAGGGAAGAAUUGGUUAUGGCUGCAGUCAUUGAGAAAGCUGUUAGGACUUUGAUGGGUACACCGGAAGGAGAAGAGAUGCGACAUAGGGCAAUGGAGUUGAGCAAUAAGAUCAAAAGCUCUGUUAGCCGUGGAGGACUUGCUCACAAGGAAAGAGAAUCUUUCAUUUCUUGUAUUACCAAAUAAAAUUUCACUGGGUAUGUUGUUGUUGUUUGACAGUCGUAUUUAUCGUCCAUCGCUUUUGUAUCAUCGCUUUUGUCAUUCGAAUAAAUAGUUUAUAGUAUUACUCUGCCGA